ACACUUCCUCAGACAGAACCAGGACCAGCAGGCAGGAUGCAUGUAGACCUGGUGUGGCUGAUGGUGGCACUUCUCUCAUUUCCUCAAAUUAUACUAUGUGAUCCACUGAACGUGUUGUUGGCCCCGAACAUACUGCAUAUGGGUACAGUCGAGAAGGUGUUUGUGGAGGCACAGGAUUAUAGUGGAAAUGAUCUCCAAGUAAAUAUCAGCAUUAAGGACUACCCACAGAAAAGGACAGAAUUGACAUCUGCAUCCACCACCCUCACUGCUGCCAAUAACUUCCAGUCUCUGGUUAACAUAAAGAUUCGUGCCUUUAGUGAUGGCUCACUGGAGAAGCAGUAUGUGUACCUCCAGGCUAAGUUUCCUACUGGCUUGCUGGAGAAAGUGGUGUUGGUGUCCCCCCUAACUGGCUACAUAUUUGUUCAGACUGACAAGAGCAUAUACACACCUGGAACAACAGUUUCUUUCAGGAUCUUCUCAUUGAAUCUUGAACUAAAGCCUGAUGAUCAGACUGAACUCGAUGUAGACAUCAUAAAUCCUCAAGGAAACACAGUCGAUAGGCAAACAAUGCGCCCAAAGAAAGGGUUUGUGAUUGGACAAUAUCAAAUCCCUAAACUUGUCAAAUUUGGUACAUGGUCUAUAGCAGCACAGUAUAAAUACAACCCACAAAAGAAUUUCACUGCUGAAUUUGAAACGAAAGAUUACGUGCUUCCCAGCUUUGAGGUAGCAUUUACUGCCCAAGCCUUUUUCUAUGUGGAGGAUGAGACGUUUGAGGUGGAAAUCAUUGCCAAAUACCUGUUUGGAAAAAAUGUGGAUGGUGUUGCCUUUGUGGUGUUUGGAGUGAGGAAGGAUAAGCUGAAGAUCCGUUUGACUGGCUCUUUAAGCAGAGAAAUAAUCACUAAUGGAGUGGGACGUGCAGUACUCACUAAAGCCAAGAUUCAGCAGGCGAUCCCAAAUAUUAAUGACCUAGAGGGAGGCUCUUUGUUCAUAUCAGUCAGUGUUUUAACUCAGACUGGAAGUGAAAUGGUUGAAGCAGAAAAGGGGGGCAUUCAAAUUGUGAAAUCACCCUACACCAUCGAGUUCAAGAAAACACCCAAAUACUUCCACCCUGGAAUGUCUUUCGAUGUUGCGGUUUAUGUGACCAAUCCUGACCAGUCUCCUGCUGAAGACGUGGAUGUGGUGAUCAAGGUCGAUAAGGAUCAACGUGAAGUGAAGGGAAGGACUAAAAGUAACGGCAUGGCCAAGGUCAUAGUGAACACCCAGGGAGGAUGGAAAACUGUAGACAUCACUGCAAGGACCGAUGUCCCAGGCAUAUCAGCUGAAAGACAAGCUCAGAACAAGAUGAUAGCUGAGGCUUACACUACCAAAGAAUACUCCGGGAAUUACCUACAUAUAAGUGCUGAUUCUGCAGAACUGCAAAUAAACGACGAGACAAAAUUCCAGCUGAACUUCAAAAGCAGUGUUCAAGAUCAAGACCUCACUUAUCUGAUUCUUAGUAAAGGACAGAUUGUGAAAGCAGAGAGAUAUAACAGAAAAGGGCAGUCACUGAUAAGUCUGUCAGAAAGAAUCACCAAGGACUUGGUUCCCUCAUUUCGACUGGUGGCUUAUUACCACGUUGGAGCUGAAAUCGUAUCAGACUCGAUCUGGGUUGACGUAAAGGACACGUGCAUGGGAACGCUGAAACUGAGUGUAAAGGACAACCCUGAUGGCAAGAUAUUUGAGCCUGGUGAUGAAUUUAAACUGGUAGUUACUGGAGAUCCGAGUGCUAAGGUUGGUCUGGUCGCUGUGGAUAAGGGUGUCUUUGUCCUCAACAAGAACAGACUCACGCAGUCCAAGAUCUGGAACCUUAUAGAGAAGUAUGACACGGGCUGUACAGCAGGCAGUGGGAAAGACAGCAUGGGGGUUUUCUAUGAUGCAGGACUUCUGUUUCAGUCUGAUAAAGCAGGAGGCACCAAGGAAAGAACAGAUAAUCAGUGUCCCACGCCACCAAAGAGAAAACGGAGAGCAAAGACUCUAGCAGAAAUCACCCAAACAUUGGAUGAUGAUGAUGAUUUCAUAAGCUCUGAUGAAAUUGUCACCCGGACGCAGUUCCCCGAGAGCUGGCUGUGGGAGUAUAUAAACCUGCCAGCCUGCUCAGGAAACCAAUGUACCACAACAAGCAUCACCAUGGAAACACUCUUUCCAGAAGACUCUAUUACAACAUGGCAACUUCUAGCCAUCAGUCUGUCUAAGACACACGGUAUCUGUGUGGCUGAUCCCUUUGAAAUAACAGUAGCAAAGGAAUUCUUUGUGGAUCUUAAGUUACCUUACUCAGCAGUACACAAUGAACAAGUUGAAAUCAAAGCGAUUCUGUAUAACUUCUCCAAGAGGCGACAGAUGGUGCGUGUGGAAUUCUUUGAGACGGAUCAUAUUUGCAGCACAGCCAGCAAAAAGAAGAAAUACCGUACCAUAGUUAAUGUAGACCCCAAUUCCAGCAGAUCUGUCCCAUUUGUGAUUAUUCCUAUGAAAAUUGGGGAACACCAUAUAGAGGUGCAGGCUGCAAGUUCAUCAUAUCAUGAUGGAGUAAGGAGAACCCUGAAGGUGGUGCCCGAGGGCGUGUUAACUGAACAGUUAGAAGCAAAUAUGGAACUAAAUCCCUCUCAAGCACCUGGUGGAGUUCAAGUUGUGCAGCUGAGUAGUGAGGUUCCAAGUGGGCAGGUUCCAAACACCGAUGCACAUACUUACAUCACUGUGGUCGGUCAGAAGGUUAGUCAGGCGAUCAAGCAGGCUAUCAGUGGAGACUUCAUGGGGCACCUGAUUGUACAGCCCACUGGCUCUGGAGAACAAAACAUGAUCUAUAUGACUCUGCCCCUUAUUGCCACACACUACUUAGAUACCACCGAGCAGUGGGAAGGAGUUGGCUUGGGUCGGCGUAAUGAGGCUAUCCAACACAUCACAACAGGAUACACACGAGAACUUACAUACCGUAAACCUGAUGGUUCUUAUGCAGCAUGGCUAAGCAGACCUAGCAGCACAUGGUUGACAGCAUAUGUGGCCAAAGUCUUUGCUAUGGCCAGUGACCUUAUACACAUAGAAGAAAAUGUGAUUUGCAGCGCCAUCAAGUGGUUGACUCUGAAUGUACAGAUGCCAGAUGGCACAUUUAUAGAAAAAGCUCCAGUGGUCCAUUCAGAAAUGGUUGGUGAUGUGCAAGGCAAGGAUUCCAGUGCAUCUCUGACAGCAUUUGUCUUGAUUGCUCUGCAAGAAUCAAACCAUCUCUGUGCCGAAUCAGUUGGACAUCUUUUAGAGUCUUCCAACAAGGCCCUAGAUUAUCUGGAAAGCAGGCUCCCCUCCUUGACCAAUCCAUAUGCAAUUGCGAUGACUUCUUAUGCCUUGGCAAAUGCUGGCAAGUUCAACAAAGAUCGCCUGCUGCAGGCUUCCUCUGAAGGCGGUUCUUACUGGGAGGUUCCUGGAGGACAGUUCUUCUCUGUGGAAGCGACAGCAUAUGCCUUGCUGGCUCUGGUGAAAGCAAAGGAAUUUGAUGCAGCAGGAAAAGUUGUUAGAUGGCUCAAUAGGCAGAGUAUCCAUUAUGGAGGUCAUGGCACCACUCAGGCCACCAUCAUGGUGUUCCAAGCAGUGGCUGAGUACUAUAAGCAAGUAGGCCAUCAAGAGAAGGUAGACUUGAUGGUGGAAGUGAGUGGAGUACAUCGUCCCAUCAAAUGGAAUUUAAACAACAGAAAUUCACAUCUUACACGUUCAUACGAGGUUCAGCUCAAGCAAAAGUUUAAGGUUACUGCUACAGGAACCGGUGCUGCAGUUCUCAGAGUAAUGACAAUGUAUUAUGAUAAAUCCAUGAAAACGAAGAAUGAAUGUAAAAAGUACAGUCUUUCUGUUGAAAUGAAGAGAAAUGCAAAGGUAUCGUACACAGAUGCAGAAGAAAGUUACGAGCUCACCAUCGAAGUCCUUUAUAAAGACCCGAACAGAGAUGCCACUAUGACUAUUUUGGACAUCGGCUUGCUGACCGGGUUUGUGGUGGAUAAAAGUGAUCGGACAGACCUGAGCAGUGGGAAUGAUAAAUACAUCCAGAUGACCACAGAACUUUCUGAACGUGGCUCCCUCAUUAUUUAUUUAGAUAAGGUAUCACACACUGUUCCGGAAAUAAUUGCUUUCAGCGUGCACAAGAUAAACAAAGUAGAUAUGCUUCAACCCGCAGCUGUCAGUGUGUAUGAGCACAACUCUCCAGGGGAACGCUGUGUGAAGUUCUACCAUCCAACAAAGAAAGAAGGAGCCCUGCACAAAUUGUGCAGUAAUCAGGGGGGUCUGUGUGAGUGUGCUGAAGAAAACUGCAGUAUCCAGAAAAAGUAUAUUAAAGACAGCGAGCGAGAGCUGAAGGCCUGUGACUCUGACUUCAGUUAUGUUUACAAAGUCAAAGUAGUGGAAAUGAAUCUGAACCCAAACACAGAUUUCUAUAUAAUGGAGAUUGAACAGAUCCUGAGAGAAGGGAUCGACCGGGUUGAACCUGGAAACCAGAGGACCUUUAUGGGUCAUGCUGAUUGCAGAAGUGCUUUUAAUUUCGUGAAAGGCAAGAGCUACCUCCUCAUGGGCCAACGUUCUAACCUACUGAAGGAAGACAGCAGGCUGCUGUAUAUCCUGGGAGAGAAGACGUGGAUUGAAUACUGGCCCACGAGUGUUGAAGGGCAAACUGAUGAAUACAAAGAGACUCACCAGGGCAUCACUGCACUAGUUAAUGCUCUUUUAAUCAUUGGAUGUGUUAAAACAUGAAUGAAAAUAAAUGAUUUGGGGAUUUAGGUAUUGUAUAGAUGGAUGAAUGGAUUGAUAGAAUAAUGAAUAGAUGUAUAGAUGAGUGAUUGAAGGAGUAUUGCAGUUUUCUCAGUUGCAGUAUUAUUCUAUUGUCAGCUGCUUUGGAACGUUUCUCAGAUCAGAAAUAAAAUUCUAAAAAAAUA